GGGAGAGAGAAACUCAGAACCACUCUCUCUCACUUUAACUCCGUCUUUCUCUCUCUACAACAGGUGACUUUCUGUAUAUGGUUUGGAUAAAGUUCUAUUUUUGUGUGUAUUUUUAGAUGUUUUGAUGGGGAAAGGUAGACCUAGGGCUGUUGAGAAAGGAGUAUUAGGGCAGAAUUCUUGCGUUUCUUUAUGUGGGUCAUUGAAUAUCCCAUCUGGGCCUGUGUAUUAUCCAACUGAGGAUGAAUUUAGAGACCCUUUGGAGUAUAUUUAUAAGAUCAGGCCAGAGGCUGAGCCAUAUGGGAUUUGUAGGAUUGUCCCACCAAAGAGUUGGAAACCCCCAUUUGGGUUGAAUUUGGAGUCCUUCGAGUUUCCGACGAAAACGCAGGCCAUUCACCAGUUGCAGGCACGGCCUGCCUCGUGUGAUUCCAAGACUUUUGAGUUGGAGUACAAUAGGUUUUUGGAGAAUCAUUCGGGGAAGAAGCUGACGAGGAAGGUCCUCUUCGAGGGGGAGGAGUUGGAUUUGUGUAAGUUGUUCAAUGCCGUGAAGCGGUACGGCGGGUAUGAUAAGAUUGCAAAGGAGAAGAAGUGGGGGGAUGUUUCGCGGUUCGUGACGUCUGCGAGGAAGAUUUCGGAGUGUGCGAAGCACGUUCUGUCUCAGUUGUACAGAGAACAUUUAUAUGAUUAUGAAAUUUAUUACAAUAAGUUGAAUCAAGAAGCGGGUAGGAGUGGUAAGAGGGGAAUGCAUGAGGAGAGGAGGAGUGAAUGUGGGACGGAACAUUCGGGUUCUAAAAGGAGGAGAAAGAAUAGUGAGGGCGAGAAAAUUAAGAUUUGUAAAGUGGAGGAGGAGGAAGAGCACGAUCAGAUAUGUGAACAAUGCAAAAGCGGUUUACAUGGGGAAGUGAUGCUUUUGUGUGAUAGGUGUAAUAAAGGGUGGCAUAUUUAUUGUCUCUCUCCGCCCUUAAAGCAGGUUCCGCUGGGCAACUGGUAUUGCUUAGAUUGCUUAAAUUCUGACAAAGAUAGCUUUGGUUUUGUGCCCGGUAAACGUUACACAAUUGAUGCUUUUAGGCGCAUGGCUGAUCGGGCCAAGAAAAAAUGGUUUGGGUCUGCAUCUGCUUCUAGGAUGCAAAUAGAGAAAAAAUUUUGGGAGAUUGUGGAGGGGUCUGUUGGUGAGGUUGAGGUGAUGUAUGGCAGUGACUUAGAUACUUCUAUCUAUGGAAGUGGUUUUCCUCGUGUUGAUGACCAGAGACCUGAGUCAGCUGAAGCUAAGGAAUGGGAUGAAUACUGUAGUAGCCCAUGGAAUCUCAAUAACUUGCCCAAGUUGAAAGGGUCCGUGCUGCGAGCUGUCCAUCACAACAUUGCUGGUGUUAUGGUGCCUUGGCUGUAUAUUGGGAUGCUAUUUUCAUCUUUUUGCUGGCAUUUUGAAGACCAUUGUUUUUAUUCCAUGAAUUACCUUCACUGGGGAGAGCCAAAAUGUUGGUAUAGUGUGCCAGGUGGUGAAGCCGAUGCAUUUGAAAAGGUGAUGCGCAACUGUCUUCCUGAUCUUUUUGAGGCGGAACCAGAUUUGCUCUUUCAGCUUGUUACCAUGUUAAAUCCGUCAGUUUUGCAAGAAAAUGGAGUUCCCGUUUAUACAGUACUGCAGGAGCCUGGGAAUUUCGUGAUCACUUUCCCCAGAUCUUACCAUGGGGGCUUUAAUCUUGGUUUAAAUUGUGCGGAGGCUGUCAAUUUUGCUCCUGCAGACUGGCUACCUCAUGGCAGGUUUGGAGCAGAGCUGUAUCAGUUAUAUCGUAAAACUGCUGUUCUGUCUCAUGACGAGCUUCUUUGUGUAUUAGCUAAGAUUGAAUGUGAUAGCAGAGUAGCACCUUAUUUGAAGAAUGAAUUGGUUAGGAUUUAUACAAAAGAGAAAACUUGGAGAGAGAAGCUUUGGAAAAAUGGCAUUGUUAAGUCAUCUCCUCUGCCCUCUCGUAAAUGCCCUGAAUAUGUUGGUACCGAAGAGGACUCAACAUGUAUAAUAUGCAAGCAGUAUCUUUAUCUUUCAGCAGUCGUCUGUUGUUGUAGGCCUUCGGCUUUUGUAUGUCUGGAGCACUGGGAGCGCCUUUGCGAAUGCAAAUCCAGUAAACACCGUCUUCUCUACCGUCAUUCACUUGCUGAAUUGAAUGACUUGGUACUUGCAGUGGAUAAAUAUUGUUCAGAGGAGACGACAAAAAGUAGGAACAAGCGAAGGGAAAUCUCUUCCUCCAAUGAACCAAGAACUUUGAGCAAAAAGGUGAAAGGUGGUCAAAUUACUUACAAUCAACUUGCAGAACAAUGGCUUAUGCGCUCGAGUAAGAUUUUUCAGAAUACGUACUCUAGAGAUGUUUAUGUUGCUGCGUUAAAGGAAGCUCAACAGUUUCUGUGGGCUGGUGAAGAGAUGGAUCCUGUGAGGGAUAUGGCGAAAAAUUUAGUUAAUGCGCGGAAAUGGGCAGAAAGUGUUAGACGAUGUGUGUUUAAAUGCAAAAAAUGGUCACGUCAUCAAUGUGAUGGUUUAGAGAAAGUUCACUAUGACCUCAUAAAUGAAUUGCUGAGUGCUAAUCCUUUGCCUUGUAAUGAGCCUAGGCAUAUUAAAUUGAAGGAUUAUGCUGAAGAGGCAAGGAUUUUAACGCAGGAAAUCAACACUGCUUUGUUAGCAAGCUCAAAAAUAUCUGAGUUAGAGCUUUUGUACUCUAGAGUUCAGGACUUACCAGUCCAUGUGAAAGAGAGCAAAAAAUUAUCCCAAAAGAUUUUGGCGGCAAAAGUCUGGCUCGAAAAUGUAACAAAAUGCAUGUCUGAAAAAGGCCCGGCUGCAGUUGAGGUUGAAUUUCUUUACAAGUUGAAGUCAGAGAUUUUGGAGAUCCAGAUUCAAUUUCCAGAGAUAGAAAUGCUUUUGGAUUUGUUAAAGCAAGCUGAAUUAUGUCGUGCUCGGUGUAAUGAAGUAUUGAGAUACCCCAUUAACUUAAAGAAUGUUGAAGUGUUUCUUCGAGAAAUGGAUAGUUUUACUGUCAAUGUACCGGAGUUGAAGCUUCUAAGGGAAUACCAUGCUGAUGCUGUUUGUUGGAUAUCCCGUUUUAAUGAUAUUCUUCUGAACAUAUCUGAACGGGAGGAUCAACAUAAUGCAGUGACUGAAUUAACGUGCAUCUUAAAGGAUGGAGCAUCCUUGAAAAUUCAAGUUGAUGAGUUACCUCUUGUUGAGGUUGAGUUGCAGAAGGCUUGUUGCAGGGAAAAGGCACUAAAGGCACGUAAUAAUAAGGUUUCUAUGGACUUCCUCAGGCGACUGAUGAUAGAGGCUACACAGUUGCAUAUUGACAGGGAGAAAUUGUUUGUUGACAUGUCUGAAGCACUUGAUGCUGCGACAUGUUGGGAGGAAAGAGCAACAAAUAUUCUUUCACACGAGGCUGAUUUGUGUGACUUUGAAGUUGCUAUAAGGGGUGCGGAAGACUUGUGUGUGAUUCUACCUUCUCUCAAUGAUGUCAAGGAGGCUUUGUCAAUGGCUGUAUCUUGGUUGGAAAGGGCAAAUCCAUUUUUAGUGUCUUGUUCCCCUUUACUGCCUGUCUCAAGCUCUUUGCCGAAAUUUGAGGCCCUGCAGGACUUAGUGUCCCAAUCAAAGCUUCUAAAGGUGUCUUUGAAAGAAAGAAGGAUGGUUGAGACAGUUUUAAAAGACUGUGAGGAGUGGAAGAGUGAUGCUGGUUCUCUGCUGCAAGAUGCGAGCCGCCUUUUUGACACGACUAACAUUUGUGAUGGAUUAACCGGUGGUCUUAUUUCGAGAAUCGAGUGUUUAGUUACUAGAAUUGAAUUUGUCAAAAAAACAGGCUUAUCUUUUGGUUUUGACUUAGACGAGAUUCCAAAACUUGAGGAUGCUUGUUCUACACUGCAAUGGUGUGAGAAGGCCCUUUCUUUCUGCUCCAAUGCUCCUUCUUUUGAGGAUGUGGAGAACUUGAUGAAAGCAUCGGAACUUCUUCCCCGCACAUUUGCUUCUAGUAUUUUGUGGAGCUCAUUGAUUGAUGGGGUCAAAUGGCUUCGUCAAGCUUCUGAAGUAGUUUUUGUAUGUUGCAAGUCUAAAAGAUGCGGUUUGGGUGAUGCUCAAGAAAUUCUUGCCAAUGCUCAGUGUGGUAGUAUCUACCCGUCCAUGGUUGGUCAACUCGAAAAUGCUAUCAAGAAACACAAGUCGUGGCAAGAGCAAGCAUAUAAUUUUUUUUUCACUCUAGAACCUAGAGAACGAUGUUGGUCUGUGAUUUUACCGCUCAAGGAAGUUGGGGUUGCCGAUGCUUUCAGUUGCUCGGAACUAGAGUUGGUUUUGUCUGAGGUUGACAAGGUUGAGAAGUGGAAGCAAUCUUGCAUGGAAGUUUUAGGGACUUUAAUUGAAGAUGAGAAUUCAUUGCUCGGUGCUUUGAAAAAGAUGUCGCAGACAUUAGAGAGAUCGUUGUACAUAUGUAACAAGUCAUGUGGCUUGGAAGCAAGGGACUGUUUUUCAUGCUGUUUUAAUGACACUUGGAACCAAGAGUUUCUUACUUGUUCUAUCUGCCAGGACUGUUACCAUCUGAGGUGCCUAGGACCUGAAGCUACAUGUGUAAAAAGCUCAGAAGUAUUUCAAUGUGCAUAUUGCCAGUAUUUGGUAGUUGGAUUAAUUUCCCUUGAUGGAGGCGGUCCUCUGAGAUUUGUGGGAAAGCGUCCGGAACUUAAAAUGCUUAUUGAACUUCUAUCCCAAUGUGAAGAUUUCUGUGUGCGUAUUGAAGAGAGAGAAAUAUUGAAAGAGCUUGUGGAGAAAGCUCUCUUAUGCAAAACUCGCUUGACAGAAAUAGUUGACAUAGCAUUAGCUUUUGUUGAUAAAGACCUGCGUAGAAUCUCUGGAAAACUAACUGCUGCUUUUAAGGCUACUGAAGUAGCAGGUGUUUACGACCAUGAAGUUGAUAGCAACCUCAAGUUGGCUGUAGCAAGGAACUCAUGGAAACUCCAAGUGGAUCGGUUACUUGAGGGUUCGCAAAAGCCAACAAUGCAACCAAUUCAACAGCGUCUGAAGGAGGGGCUCACUUUGAAAAUUCCUCCAGAAGAUCACUUCAGGCAGAAGCUUACGGAAGUGAAGCGCGUUGGCAUGCAUUGGGCAGAUUACGCUAAGAAGGUUGCGGGAGAUUCUGGGGCUCUGGGCUUGGACAAAGUAUUUGAUCUUAUCUCCGAGGGGGAGAAUUUGCCUGUUCAUCUAGAGAAAGAACUUAAGUUAUUAAGAGCUCGCAGUAUGCUUUAUUGCAUAUGUCGGAAGCCGUAUGGGCAGAGAGCAAUGAUUGCUUGUGAUCAAUGUGAUGAGUGGUAUCACUUUGAUUGUAUAAAAUUAGUCUGUGUGCCGAAGAUCUACAUAUGCCCUGCGUGUAAGCCUAUAAAGGAAGAAUUGCCGACGUCACUAUCAGUGGAUCACGAGAGAUCAUCGGAUGCCAAAUUUGUGGAGCCGAAGACACCAUCUCCUCAGCACACAAAGUCGAGGAAGAAACCAAAAAAGGCCGAGUCCAGCCUAGCACAAAAGACGCUUCCGGUUACGGAUCAAAAUAACACCUUCGGGUGUUCUAGUGGGAUUGAACGUCUAUGGUGGCGAAACCGGAAGCCAUUUAGAAGGGCAGCUAAGAAACGGGCAGAGCUCGAAAGUCUUUCGUUUUUCCAUCCACAGCAUUGAGCAUGAAAGGCAGGAGGAGUUUACUAACCAUUUGAUUCAUUCAAUUGAUUCUUACAGUUUCACAAGCGUUUCUUCCUGUUCCUUGAAUCAAUAAAGCGGGAAAGUUUGUGCCGUCUAUUGUCUUGAAUGCUUAGCAGCAUAUAAAAUUUUGAUUAAGAUAACAUAAUGCUAAUCCAAUUGAGUUAUCGUUUGCUUCA